AUGGAGGAGGGCGCUGCCCAGCUUGGGCACAAGCGGCGACGAUCCGAGCCCAAGAGCGAGGGGGAGCCACAGGAGCAGAAGAGGAAGGGAAAGAAGAGGGGUAAGAAGCAGAAGGCGCUGACGCCACUCGACCAUGUGCCGCUCCAACCCAUCGGCCUGUUCGAGUCGUGCUUCCUGGAGCGACACGGCACCCCGCGCCAAGGCCUCCUCGUGCCCUCGUCGCGCGGCAAGCUCACGCUACGCCGGUCCGAGGUGUUGACGAAUCCCAAGGACGCGCUGAUCGGGCUCGAGGGCCACUCGCACGUGUGGAUCGUCUUCCUCUUCCACAACAACGUGGGCAACCCCAAGAACCGGGUACAGCCGCCGCGCCUCGGCGGGCGCAAGCUCGGCAUGCUGGCCACCCGCACGCCCCACCGCCCAUGUCCAAUCGGCCUGAGCGUGGCCCGCGUCGAGUCGAUCGAGGGCGAGACGCUGCACCUGUCGGGCGUCGACCUGGUCAACAACACGCCCGUGCUCGACAUCAAACCCUACAUUCCGCGCUACGACGCCAUCACCGACGCCAUCACGGCCGAGUGGCUCGUGGAGCUGGACGGCAAGCAGAAGAAAGACGGCGAGGAGGACGAGCAGGAGGAGUCUGGCAGCGGGCGACUGCAGGUGCAGAUGUCGAACGAGGCCGUCGAGAGCCUGCAGCGUCACGCGCACGCGCUGCGCUUCUUCAAGAACGACUGGGAGCGGGCCAGGCGGUGUAUCGAGGAGGUGCUCGCGCUCGACAUCCGAACGCUCCACAUGAAGCGGAAGCACAGGGAGGGCACCUACGACGUGCGGAUCGACGUGAUGAACAUCACCUUCGUCGUCAACACCGAUAGCCGGGUGUGCACGGUGCAGCGGAUCGACCUGUGGCCCGAGAGCUACGACUACGAGGACUUCAACGAGGUCAAGAAGAAGCGACUCACGCCCGCUAGCCUCGCCGAGCGGCCGGUCGACGUCGGUACCAGCACCAGCAGCGCCGCGGACACCAACACAACCAGCACCAGCACCAGCGACGACAGUCACAAGGACUAG